CCUGUCCGACCUGUUCGGAGGGGGGACACAUGACUCCGGAGGAAUUUCCCUCUCCCCCUCGUCUAGCUCCUGUCUUUUGUUUAGCGGCUUGUUUCUGAGGGAGACGACAGGGUGAGAGCCAGAGGAAAGAGGAGGAGGAGGAGACAGACGAACAGGAGAAGAAGGAGAGAUGUCGGAACCAGCCGCUAAUCCCGCCGCUACCUCAUACCCAGCGCCUGUUAUUUCUUUACCUUUGGGACUGGAGGUGUUGAGGACUUACUCUGGAGCCCUGGUCUGUUUAGAAAUAUUAUUUGGCGGUCUUGUAUGGAUCCUGGUGGCCUCGUCCCGUGUGCCCGUGCCUCUGCUGCAGGGAUGGGUGAUGUUUGUGUCCGUCACAGCCUUCUUCCUUUCUUCAGCCUACCUCGUUCUCUUCAUCACCGGCUUGGUUAACCGCAUCAACAUGGACUGGAACUUCUUGGAUGUGUUUUACCAUUUCAUAGCUGUGCUGUUCUACUUUGCUGCCUUUGUGCUGGAGGCUGCAACCACAGCGGCGAACGGAGGCACUUCCUUCACUCGACCACAGAACAGCACGAAUACCCUGUGUGUCACCCCUCGGGGCAACAUAUUCACAGUACUGACUUACAGACAGUACAGCAUUAAUGUGGCAGCCACGAUAUUUGCUUUUCUGGUGACUCUUUGCUACGGCUGCAGCUUGGUGAUGGGAUUCAAGAGAUGGACGAAGUAACGAAGAAAAAAAACAUGAACACUAACUAACAUUCCGCCUGGUUAACAACUUCAGCACAUCUGCCUUACAACCUCGACCACACAACCCCGUGAACCCCUGAAGUUCAGCUCAGUGACGUUGAAUCUUAUUCUGACUGUCGGGGAGCGAUCGCCACUUCCAGCUCUGUAAACAGGUGACUUUCAAAUAAUUAGGCCGGCACUGUUACCGUAAAGGUCUCGCCUAUGUUCCAAUCAGCUGUUGGAGGUAUUUAGAGGUUAAGUUGAUAUAAACUGCAAUAAAAAUAAGAACAGAGCAGACCUUAUCCUGUAUUUUACGUAGUUAUUUUAGAUUUUUAAAAGUAAUUUUGCAAGAUGAAAACAAUUUAUGUAAGUGUUGCUUCUCACCUAUGUAAUUAUACAGGUGGGAUCCUUUUUCUAAAGUCAUAAACUGAGUAAAAAAAUAAAAAAUUCAUGGAUAAAAAUCCAUAUUUUAUAAGUGAAGUGCCUGUGAGUGCUGCUCAGCAGAUUAAUUUAACAUCGGUUUGUUUUUAUUAAACCCAACCUGAUUGGUUGUCAUGCGUUUGGUGCUGAGGAGCUGGAGUUGAGUUAGACGUAUAAAAUUGACAUGACUUGUUUUUACAGUAAUAAAACUGUUGUACACAUCACCUCUAUAUUUGACACAAAGGAUUAAUACUGUAAAACAAGAAGUGGGUAAAGUUACGCUGAUGAUUAUCAAUAAAACAAAGUGAUAUAAUUCUAAUGUUUGUAACCUGAUGAUAUUUAGUUAUUUAUGUUCUGAAUAGAUUCUUAUUAGUGUUUAAGUGUGUUGAUGCGUUAUUUAACUGCUUUUAAUUGAUUGUUUUAUUCGGCGCACAGUUUAUUUUAUCGAUGAUCUCAUUUAAUGUACACUGUUGUUUGAUUUUUAACUGAAAAUAGUUUUUUGAUUAAGGUUUGUUUUAACUCACAUGCUUUUUAGUACAAAAGAAAUAAAUAUCUUGUGUACAA